AUGUUCGCCGGUCAUACAGAAGUCUCCACACCAAUUCAAGACGAUCCGAUGUCUCGACAACGGCAUACGACGGUCGAGGAUAUCUUCGAUGAGGAGGUUUCCGAACUCACGUCCCCUGGUGAUCCUCGGAACUUGGCUCGAUUUGUUGAAAGAUUUCCUAUGGAGCCACACCGCUUGCAAAAAGGAACCACACAAUUUGAGCAAUGGCAGUCGGAGAACGUUAGGGCAGGCCGAGAUGAGUGGUAUCCGUUUGCAUCUGAGAGUGAAUGGGAGACAGUGGGCUGGCUUGUUGCAAAUGUCGGUCAGUCGGCUAUAGAGGAAUAUCUAAAGCUGGAUAUUACGAAGAAACAGAGUAACUUGUCAUUUUCAAGCAAGUAUAAGCUGAAUAAGAAGCUUAACGAGCUUCCCACCGGCCCAGAUUGGGAGUGCGAGACGAUCAGUAUUACAGGUGAUCGUGUGGAUAAGCAUGGGCAUGCCUUCGUUGAAGAGGUUGAAUUAUGGCGGCGGGAUCCUGUGGAAUGUGUUUGUGAGCUUAUCGGCAAUCCAGCAUUCAAGGAUUACUUGGCCUAUCUUCCUGAGCAUGUGUAUGGGGAUGCUUCAGGAGAGAACCGGCUGUACGAUGAAAUGUGGACCGCUGAAUGGUGGUGGAAAAUUCAAGAUGAACCCCUGAACCCCUAG